GCUUUAAAACCAGGACCGGACCGGUGCACAACAAGUUGCCUCGGUGGUACACGGUCAACAGUCUCGGCGGUCGCUUCAUCCACAUUCAGUUCAACUUACUCGACUAGCAAAAUGGCAGACGACGAAGUUCAAGCGCUUGUGGUGGACAAUGGGUCGGGUAUGUGCAAAGCCGGUUUCGCCGGCGAUGAUGCACCUCGUGCUGUGUUCCCGUCCAUCGUUGGUCGCCCACGUCACCAGGGUGUCAUGGUUGGUAUGGGUCAAAAAGACAGCUACGUCGGUGAUGAAGCUCAAUCCAAACGUGGUAUCCUCACUUUGAAAUACCCGAUUGAGCACGGUAUCGUGACUAACUGGGAUGAUAUGGAAAAGAUCUGGCAUCACACUUUCUACAACGAGCUGCGUGUCGCCCCCGAGGAACACCCAGUUCUGCUCACUGAGGCCCCAUUGAACCCGAAAGCAAAUCGAGAAAAGAUGACCCAAAUCAUGUUUGAGACCUUCAACACUCCAGCCAUGUAUGUCGGUAUUCAAGCUGUUCUCUCGCUGUACGCCUCCGGUCGUACUACUGGUAUUGUGUUGGACUCCGGAGAUGGUGUGACCCAUACAGUACCAAUCUACGAGGGUUAUGCUCUGCCUCAUGCCAUUUUGCGUCUGGACUUGGCCGGACGUGAUCUGACUGACUACCUGAUGAAGAUUCUCACAGAGCGUGGUUACAGCUUCACCACGACGGCCGAGCGAGAAAUCGUGCGUGACAUCAAGGAGAAAUUGUGCUAUGUGGCUCUGGACUUCGAGCAAGAAAUGGCCACCGCGGCUUCUAGCUCCUCGUUGGAGAAGAGCUACGAAUUGCCUGAUGGUCAGGUCAUCACUAUCGGAAACGAACGAUUCCGUUGCCCUGAGGCUCUGUUCCAACCUAGCUUCCUGGGUAUGGAAUCUGCCGGUAUCCAUGAGACUACCUUCAACUCGAUCAUGAAAUGCGAUGUGGAUAUCCGUAAGGACUUGUACGCAAACAAUGUGAUGUCUGGCGGUACAACCAUGUUCCCCGGCAUUGCUGAUCGUAUGCAGAAGGAGAUCACCGCGCUCGCUCCGAGCACCAUGAAGAUCAAAAUUGUCGCGCCACCAGAGCGUAAAUACUCGGUUUGGAUUGGUGGUUCCAUUCUUGCCUCGUUGUCCACGUUCCAACAGAUGUGGAUCUCCAAGCAAGAAUACGAUGAGUCUGGUCCGGGUAUUGUGCAUCGCAAAUGCUUCUAG